AUGGGGGAUCAGCAACUCUACAAGACCAAUCACGUGGCCCACAGUGGUGAGAACCUUUUUUACCAACAGACCCCACUUGGCAUCCAUGGCGGGCUGAACCACAACUAUGGGAAUACAGUCACAGGGGCUGGAAUGGAGGCCCCUCAGGCGUCACCCAUCUCCCCCCACUUCCCUCAAGAUACUCGGGAUGGUCUAAGCUUGCCUGUUGGCUCCAAAAACCUGGGCCAAGUGGAUACCUCGAGGCAGGGAGGGUGGGCAGGUCAUACCGGGCCUGGAAACCAUGUCCAGUUACGCGGCAACCUGACCAACUCAAACAUGAUGUGGGGGACCCCGGCCCAGCCUGAGCCCACCGAUGGCUACCAAUAUACCUACUCCCAGGCCAGCGAGAUCCGGACCCAGAAACUCACCAGCGGUGUCCUGCACAAGCUAGACUCCUUUACCCAGGUGUUCGCCAACCAAAACCUGCGAAUUCAGGUCAACAAUAUGGCCCAGGUGCUGCACACCCAAUCGGCAGUGAUGGAUGGGGCCCCUGACAGUGCCCUCCGCCAGCUGCUGUCCCAGAAGCCCAUGGAGCCCCCAGCGCCGGCUCUUCCUACUCGCUACCAGCAGGUGCCCCAGCAGGCUCACCCUGGUUUCCCCAGUGGGCUGUCCAAACCAGCCCUGCAGGUAGGGCCACACGCCAGCCAGGGGCACCUGUAUUAUGACUACCAGCAGCCGCUGGCUCAGAUGCCAGUGCAGGGAGGACAGCCACUGCAGGCCACCCCGAUGCUGUCCCAGCACAUGCAGCAGAUGCAGCAGCACCAGUAUUACGCGGCGGCACCACCACAGGCUGGGCAGCAGCACAUGCCCCUGCAGGACCUGCCGCAGCCGCCGCCGCCGCCGCAGCCCCGCCCGCCACAGCCUCAGCAGCCCCAACAGCAGCUGCAGCAGCGGCAGGGUCCGAUGCAGAUACCUCAGUAUUACCAGCCCCAACCGGCGAUGCAGCACUUGCAAGAGCAGCCUCAGCAACAGCAGCAGCAGAUGCACCUGCAGGCACCCUCUUAUCACAGGGACCCCCACCAGUACGGCCCGGAGCAGGCGCACGCCGUCCAGCUGAUCCAGCUGGGCUCCAUGCCCCAGUACUACUAUCAGGAGCCCCAGCAGCCCUACGGCCACCCACUCUGCCAGCAGAGCCACCUGCCCCAGCACCAGCAGCGCGAGGACAGUCAGCCCAAGACCUACCCGACUGACAGGCAGGCCCAGGCCAUGCUGAGCUCCCACGGCGACCUGGGGCCUCCUGAUGCAGGAAUGGGAGACCCGGCAAGCUCGGACCUGAACCGGCUCAGCGGGGCCCUCCCACACCGGCCGCUCCUGUCCCCCGGUGGGAUCCACCUCAACAGCGUGGGGCCUCAGCACCAGCAGCUGUCUCCCAGUGCCCUGUGGCCCCAGAUGCACCUACCUGAUGGCAGAGCCCAGCCAGGGUCCCCCGAGUCAAGUGGCCAACCAAAAGGAGUGUUUGGGGAGCAAUUUGAUGCCAAGAACAAACUGACGUGCUCCAUCUGCCUGAAGGAAUUCAAGAGCCUACCUGCCCUGAAUGGCCACAUGCGGUCCCAUGGGGGAAUGAGAGCCUCCCCCAGCCUCAAACAGGAGGAAGGAGAGAAGGCCCUGCCGCCUCAGCCUCAGCCUCAGCCCCAGCCUCCACUGCCACCUCCGCCGCCACCGCAGCUCCCUCCCGAGGCAGAAAGCCUCACGCCUAUGGUCAUGCCCGUGUCUGUCCCUGUCAAGCUUCUCCCGCCCAAGCCAGGCUCUCAGGGCUUCGCCAGCAGCAUCGUUGCCGCCCCCUCCGCCAGAGACAAGCCAGCCAGCUCGAUGUCGGACGACGAGAUGCCCGUGCUCGUGAGGAUGACCCUCUCUCCCCCACACUCACCCCAAGGGGCUGCCCCCCACCCGCCUGCUGAAAUCCCCAAGAAGCAUCAGCCCGGCGUGGCCAAAGCCGAGGAAGCCCUCAAGAGCUUGCCAGAGAAGAAAAAGUUCCGACACCGGCCCGAGCCGCUCUUCAUCCCGCCACCGCCCUCCUACACCGCCAACCCCGCCGCCUCGUACUCGGGCGCCACCCUGUACCAGAGCCAGCUGCGCUCCCCGCGCGUCCUCGGGGACCACCUGCUGCUGGACCCCGCCCACGAGCUGCCCCCCUACACGCCCCCGCCCAUGCUGAGCCCAGUGCGCCAGGGCUCGGGGCUCUUCAGCAACGUGCUCAUCGCGGGGCACGGCCCCGGCGCCCACCCGCAGCUGCCCCUCACGCCCCUGACGCCCACGCCGCGGGUGCUGCUGUGCCGCUCCAACAGCAUUGAUGGCAGCAACGUGACAGUCACCCCAGGGCCUGGAGAGCAGACCAUUGAUGUUGAACCACGCAUCAACAUUGGCUUGAGGUUCCAAGCAGAGAUCCCAGAACUUCAGGAUGUCUCUGCCUUGGCCCGGGACACACACAAGGCCACACUGGUAUGGAAGCCCUGGCCAGAGCUGGAAAACCAUGACCUCCAGCAAAGAGUGGAGAAUCUCCUGAAUUUGUGCUGUUCAAGUGCGUUGCCUGGUGGAGGGACCAAUUCUGAAUUUGCUUUGCACUCUCUUUUCGAGGCCAAAGGUGAUGUGAUGGCCGCCCUGGAAAUGCUGCUGCUGCGGAAGCCGGUCAGGUUAAAAUGCCAUCCUUUAGCAAAUUACCACUAUGCCGGUUCGGACAAGUGGACUUCCCUAGAAAGAAAACUGUUUAAUAAAGCACUAGCCACUUACAGCAAAGACUUUAUUUUUGUACAGAAGAUGGUGAAGUCUAAGACAGUGGCUCAGUGUGUGGAGUACUACUACACGUGGAAAAAGAUAAUGCGCUUGGGGCGGAAACACCGGACACGCCUCGCAGAAAUCGAUGAUUCUGUGACGAGUGAAGAAGAAGAAGAGUUAGAGGAGGAGGAGGAGGACCCAGAAGAAGAUAGGAAAUCCACGAGAGAAGAGGAGAGCGAAGUGCCCAAGUCUCCCGAGCCACCGCCAGGCCCUGUGCUGGCUCCCGCGGAGGGGCCGCCCCUGCAGGCCCUCAGCCAGCCCUCCGGCUCCUUUAUCUGUGAGAUGCCCAACUGCGGGGCUGUGUUCAGCUCCCGACAGGCACUGAAUGGCCACGCCCGCAUCCACGGUGGCACCAACCAGGUGACCAAAGCCCGGGGGGCCACCCCCUGUGGGAAGCAGAAGCCGGGCAGCACCCAGAGUGGGUACUGCUCGGUGAAGAGCUCCCCCUCUCAUAGCACCACCAGCAGCGAGACAGACCCCACCACCAUCUUCCCCUGCAAGGAGUGCGGCAAAGUCUUCUUCAAGAUCAAAAGCCGUAAUGCGCACAUGAAAACACACAGGCAGCAGGAGGAACAGCAGAGGCAAAAGGCUCAGAAGGCAGCUUUUGCCGCCGAAAUGGCCGCCACUAUCGAGAGGACCGCGGGGGCGCCGGGGCUGCUGCCCCUGGACCAGCUGAGCCUGAUCAAACCCAUCAAGGACGUGGACCUCCUCGAUGGCGACGUGGUCCAGCAGUUGGGAGGCGUCAUGGAAGAAGCUGAGGUCGUGGACACGGAUCUCCUCUUGGAUGACCAAGAUUCGGUUUUGCUUCAGGGUGACGCGGAACUAUAAAGCCCCGCUUGUCACGCAGAGACAGCCAGCACCCACGGCCUCCGUCUUCGUUAAUCAGGAAACCCGGACUCCCUGCUCGCUUUGUAACCAUUUUAAACUACCUGUUUAAAAAAGUGGUCGUUUCAUUCAGGUUUAGGGAAAAAAAAAUUUUUUUUUUCAGUUUCUUUUCCUUUUAUUUAAAAAAAAAUCAAUGUUUCUGUGGGAGGUUGGAGGGAAUAAAUAAUUGGCACAACUCUAUUUAAGAGGUGUUUCAUCUGGGCUACAUUCCUACGAACUCAUUCCUGGCAGGGAAUAAACCUGACCUUCAAUGUUCUUUUGCUUUCAGAUGUCAACCAUCCUUGCUGCCUUUGAUCCCAAAGCUUGCCAUGAGCGUGUGGAUGCGUGUGCGUGUGUGAAGCAGGCUACCCUCUUCGUGUUGGGGCCUUGGGCCAUCCUUUCCCACUAAGAGUUAUUUUUGUUCUGUUCUGACCUCAUUCUGUAGUUUG